AUGCCAGAGUCAAAAGUCAUCCCGGCCCCGACGUCGACGGUCGCAAAGCCCACCGCCACCUUCACAGGCGAUGUUUACAUGGAGCUAAUCAACCGAGACGAGCACGCCGCCAUCGCCAAUGUUACCUUCACUCCGUGCGCUCGGACCCAUUGGCAUACCCACGCCGGUGGACAGAUGAUUAGGGUGUUAUCCGGCACUGGAUGGGUUUGUGAUAAGGGCGGCGAGGCCCGCAGGAUCAAAGCUGGCGACACGGUUUGGGCGUCUCCGGGAACAACGCACUGGCAUGGCGCCGACGACGGAAGCAUCAUGACGCACUUUGUUGUUGGAAUCGGUGAGACUAAGUGGCAUGAUGCCGUUACGGAUGAUGAAUACAAAAAGCGAUCGACAGAGUGA